AUGGCUUUGGACGUGGACUCGACUCUGAGACGUUUAACGCAGCUUGGUCCUUACCAGAUUCGUAUUUUAGUCAUGUUCAUGUUCAUAUUUUUACCCAUCGCCUAUCAAACUCUUAUCAUGGUGUUUGCGGCGUACGAGCCACCAUGGAUGUGCGCCAACAAUAGUUCGGCGUGUUUGGAGUCGAACAGCUCAUCAGCACUGAGCAAGGUCUACAGCACAGCAACAAGACCUAUUGAACUGUACGAUAGAAGAUGUUCUCUGAACAGAAGUGACUGGAAGUUCGCGGAUUACAAUCUUUACGAAGGACCACAUAAGACGAUUGUUGAUCAGGUAAUAAAAGACAAGGUUAUAUCUUGUCAUUCUCAGGCUGACAGUUCACUUCAGUCGGCCAUUUUCAAGAAGCAGAAAGGAUUAGGAGUAGCUUGUGAUCUAACCGAAGUAAGCUACCGAACUGGUUGGCCUGAGAAGCGAGCCUUGGCAGGGACUGUGGUUUGGUUUUACUUCACGGCAACCCUGAUGAUUCUGGGUCUUAUCGCCUAUUUUGUUCGUAACUGGCGCACACUUAUGAUCUUAUCAUCAGCUCCGUGGAUUUUUACUCUGGCAUUUUGGAAAAUCUGUGCGAUAGUUGCUCGUGAACGGACGCAAAGAAGAAGCCCGAGAAAUCUUGAUGAACGUAGCAAGGGUCAACAACAGCGACAUGCCAAGCGACGAACUUCAAGUCCCAGAGACCACAGCCAAAAAGGGUUUCUUGGAUCUCUUGAAAACAUGGAAACUGGCCAAACUGUCAAUCAUUCAGUUGUAUGCAUGUGGUUAAAGAAAGUCAGCGGUCACUCCCCGCCGCAGAAGGGUUUCCACUUAACUUAUCUUUUAUUGUUGUAUUUCAGGUUUGUUCAUGGUGUAUUGUAUUACGGGUUCUCUUUGAGCUCAGGUGAAUUUGGUGGUAUCAUCUAUCUGAACUUUGCGUUAACAAGCUUGGUGGAAGUGCCUUCGCAUGUAUUAGCCAUUGACAACUGUAAUAGGUUUGGCCGUAAAAAGACGACAGUAGUCUUUAUGACCAUUGUAGGACUUUCUAUUGUAGCGGUAUCAUUUAUCCCAGCCGGAACAGAAAACACAGGUAACAAGGAAACUAUAUCUGUGUUCAUUAGCCAUUUUUGCACCUUCUAGUAUGUGGGCACAUUAUGUCUUUAGCAUUAUUAAAAUCACUGUAGUCCAUACUUGUCUGUCCGUUUUUAAAAGUGGUAUCUUUUAAGGGGUCAAAUAAAGCUUGAACCAC